UCAUAACAGAGAGUCAAUUUAGCAAAGUGAGUGGAGCUAAUGCGCGCCAUCAAACGCGGUGAAAUAUAUCACACACGACCUCCAACUUCCGACUGCGGAGCGGAUUGUGGAUCGCGACUCGGUGAUAACGCUCACUGAACUGCAGACACUUUUGACCGGGGACUCGCCCGAGACUCGGGCAGACAUUUCUGUUGUUUUGCUUGUUUAUAAACUUUUGCUUCUAGACUGACCAACAGCAGCGCACCGUCUUGGAUAAACUCACGCGACUUGACUUGCAUUGUGGGCACUUGCAGUUGUCCCGCCGGCACUUCGUUUAGUCUCUUAAGAUUUUGUUUGGUGUUCAGUUUUUACGCGCUCACUCCGUGGUUCAUGCACACAAAUGUUAGCGGUGGGGCAAAUGGAUGCUAACAGGCAGAGUGCUUUCGUGUUGGGUAGCACGCCACUGGCUGCGCUUCACAGCAUGACCGAGAUGAAGAGCUCGCUGUUCCCCUACACGCUGCAGAAUCCCGCGGGCUUCAAAGCUCCCUCCCUCACCAACCUCAGCUCUCAGCUCCCGCUGGGCACACCGCACGGAAUUAGCGAUAUCCUGGGAAGACCCAUCACCACGGCGGGACAACUUCUCUCCAGCUUUCCGCGGAUAAACGGCUUGGCCACCUCCGCCGGGAUGUACUUUAACCCCGCUGCCGUCUCGCGCUACCCGAAGCCGCUGGCGGAGCUGCCGGGCAGAGCGCCUAUCUUCUGGCCGGGAAUGAUGCAGAGUUCCCCGUGGAGGGAGCCCCGACUGCCCUGUCAGGCACAAGCAAAUAUAAUGUUGGAUAAAGACGGGAAGAAGAAACACUCCAGACCAACUUUUUCGGGACAGCAAAUUUUUGCGCUGGAAAAAACCUUCGAACAGACCAAGUACCUGGCCGGACCGGAAAGAGCACGCCUCGCUUACUCACUGGGAAUGACCGAGAGUCAGGUCAAGGUCUGGUUUCAGAACCGGAGGACCAAGUGGCGCAAGAAGCACGCAGCGGAAAUGGCCACCGCCAAAAAGAAACAUGACUCGGAAACAGAGAAGAUGAAGGAAAGCUCGGACAACGAGGACGACGACGAGUACAACAAGCCGCUGGACCCCAACUCAGACGACGAAAAAAUUACGAGACUGCUGAAAAAGCACAAGUCGGCGAGCCUGGCGCUUAUGAGCCCGAGUAACAGCAGCUCGGACACGUUGUGAUGCUGAGCACAGACUUUUUCUCCAGUAGCUGAGGAACUUUCAGAAAAAACUUAAGCAGGGUACACAGUGGGCCUCUGAACCCCCUACUGCUGCAGCAAGCGGAACUCAGAUGUAUAUAUUUUUUACCAAGUAAAUUAUGUUAUUUAGCCGCCAAAAGGACAUGGCCACUGUGCACUCAUCCUCUCCUGUGGCAGAAAUCUUAUUUCCCUUCUGUCGCAGAAUAACCAAGUCUAUCUCUACUUCUCCAAGUUUUCCGACUUGACUCUUACACCGCAUACACAAGUCCACCGGCUGUAAAUGAUCAUGUAAAUAGAAUUUCUUCUAACAGUUUUAACAGUAUCCUCUCCGGCCGGUUCUUUUCAUUUAAAAGGACUUUAAGUUUUAGGGCUACCUCUGUAAAAACAGAUCCAGAUGGAGGGUUAAAUGCUGAAUUAAGAGAAUAUUAUUGCUUCCGUGCUGAAG